CGCCCGGCUGGCCCGCUUGAGGCGUUUGGGGCUCGCGGCGUCUCUCCUCAGGGACUGUUGGCCGGAGCGGGGAGGCGUUCGGUGCCCGCGGGAGCAGCUGGUGGGGGCUUCGUCCGCAUUGCCGAGUAGGAGGGCGGAGUGUGGGGUCGGGACGGACGGGGAGAGCCGAACGGGGCCAACAUCGACCACGUUGGCCAGUCUCCGGUGACUGGAGCGAAGCAGCCUCGGAGAUUUGAGGGGUCGACCCCGGGAUGGCCCAGGGCCCAGCCCCCGCACACGCGCGUUUGUUGAGGAGAUGUCCUUUGCUUCUCAGAUGUAAUGCACUUUAAGUUUGUUAUUCAACAGUGAAAAUGAGUCAUACAGAGGUUAAAUUAAAAAUACCUUUUGGGAAUAAAUUACUAGAUGCUGUUUGUUUGGUACCUAACAAAAGCUUGACAUAUGGAAUAAUCCUUACACACGGAGCAUCAGGAGACAUGAAUCUUCCUCAUUUGAUGUCACUGGCAUCCCAUCUUGCAUCUCAUGGGUUUUUUUGCCUGAGAUUUACCUGCAAAGGCCUUAAUAUUGUACAUAGAAUUAAGGCAUAUAAAUCAGUUUUGAAUUACCUAAAGACCUCAGGAGAAUAUAAACUUGCAGGUGUUUUCCUUGGAGGUCGUUCGAUGGGCUCAAGAGCAGCUGCUUCUGUUAUGUGUCAUAUUGAGCCAGAUGAUUCUGAUGAUUUUGUUCGAGGUCUCAUUUGUAUUUCUUAUCCACUGCACCAUCCAAAGCAGCAGCAUAAACUCAGAGAUGAAGAUCUCUUUCGUAUAAAAGAUCCUGUACUAUUUGUGUCAGGCUCAGCAGAUGAAAUGUGUGAAAAGAAUUUGUUGGAGAAAGUGGCACAGAAAAUGCAAGCUCCCAGUAAAAUCCACUGGAUUGAAAAGGCAAAUCAUUCCAUGGCAGUGAAAGGACGGUCAACAAAUGAUGUUUUCAAAGAAAUAAAUACACAGAUUUUGUUUUGGAUCCAAGAAAUCACUGAAAUGGACAAGAAAUAAUUGUUAUUAGUUAAAAGCCAUGUUAUUUUGAAUACAAAUACUGUUAAUUUGAUAAAGAAUAAUAUACCUCUCAGCAUUAUGAGAUAUAUUUCAGACUAAUUUAAUGUUCUUUAAUGUUCUAUUUUUAAACACAUUUUGAUUGUGAAAUUAAUGUCUUUCACAAAGUAUCUUUUGAAAGCACUGUUAUAGUUGUAUAAAGAUGAUGUAAAAAUAUUGAAGGUGGUCUAAAUAUAAUUUAUUUUCAUUAGUAUAGUUAAGUUUUGAAAAAAAAUUAAACAUUUGAAUUUUGUUACAA